GUCAGAAUUCAAUUUUCAAUUUUUUCUAAGUCUUAAGGUUAUGACGUAAUAUAACAGACGUAAGACUUUAAAUGGUUUUAUGAAGAUAUUUUCUGUAAUUAAGCAAUUAAAUGAAGAAAAUAGUUGAUCAAGUUGACUAUCAACCUAAUGCCCCAUACUAGCCAUUGAAUUCAUAAAAUAUUGAUAAUAAUGUAUGAUUUAACAUAAUUAUAGGCAUACACAUCUAAAUCAGACGAAUUGGAAUAAUUGCUUAAAGGUAUAAAUAUCCCGGAUUAAGUGGAAUUUGAACAUCAAUAUAAAUAUGAAAAUAAUAUGUGUUGCGGAUAUGGCUCUAUUACUGGAUCCUCUAAAUUUGAUAUUCAAGGAAUAGGAUAACUUGACUUUACUAUAAGUUUGGAAACUGUUUGCUUAAUCUGGUGUUGUUGUUGUUGUUAAUUUCGCGAUUGCGAUAAACAUGCUUACCCAGAAUAUAUUUAUGUCUUAAAAAAUGAGUAAAUGCGAUUAGAAUUUUGGCCUAGCGGUGUGGGGAAGAUAUUUGUAAAUGGUAAGUAAGUUUUUGAAUUUCUCUAAACAAUUCCAAAUUUCUGUGAUGUUUUAUAUUCGCAUUGUAUGAGUUCCUAUCCAAAAUUGAAAAUUCACUCCCCUAUUGAAAAGAAUUAUGAACUAAUUCUGAGACCAGAUGUUAACAGUUGCCCAGAAGAUUUGUUUGGAGGAUGUGGUUGUUUUGCUUGUUUUGAUAUUUUUUCAACUUCAAAGAAUUAUCAUGUAGAUGGUCUUACAUAAGGAAGAUGCCAAAUUAUUAAUACUAGAACUGCAUGUGAAGCUUGUGCUAAAAUAACAUUAAUGUAAGGUUAAUGUUGUAAAUUAUGCCCUGAAAUUAAUUAUCCUCGCUUUGCUCUAUAAUUUGAAGGAGUCAGGAAAAUUGAUAAGAUUGCUAUAGUGAUGGGAUUAGUUCAAAUUAGUUUCUUCAAGAAAUGGAUAAAUUCAUUUGGCAACCUUCAUAUGAAAAUUCACUAGGUAAUAUACAAAGAGUUGAUAUGAAUUAUUUAAAUGCAUAAUCAUAAAUAUAUCAAUAUAAC